GCUGUCUUGAAACCAUUAAAGGCCUUGUCCUAAUCCUUCGACUGCAUCGAGGUAUGCAGUUUGCCCAAAUUCUCGAAACAGUGCUCUAGUACUUGAGAGCUUGUUCGAAGCAAGUCCUUGAACUCCGGCGAAGAAAGGCAAGUCCUAACUAAGCGGUUCUUAUGCUUUUAGGCAAAGGACUGGUGCAAUGUUUGGUGGGCAUCUUGUCUAUUUUUAGCUUUGGGAGUUGUUGCAUAAGGUGGAUAUGAAACAGGUUUAGAAUUUUUGGGAGUUGCUUGUUCAUGCGACUGAUGGGGCUUUACAAGGUCUAUGCUUGAUGAAAGUUAUGUCUUUUAAGAUCCGAACCGUGAUGUAGUGACUGCUGUUACUGCCAAGUUGAGGGGCAGCAACUGGGGUGAAAGUUGCUCCAGUCGUUUUUGGAGAAUUGAAGGAAAAAGGGUUAUCUUUUAUGAUGUGUUUGAUGCCCAUUCGUUGCACUUUUCAAAGAAGGGACUGACGUUUGAUGUGCCCUGAGGGCGCCUUCAUGUUGGAUGGAGGGAGAGGCAACAGCAAGCAGCUAUGGAGGAAGGAUAUCUUGCCAUCGUGGUCGUUCGCUCACGUCCUUGGUGCUUUGAAGGUGAUAUAGGUUGCUAUUGCUCUCAUGAUGAGGGGGAUAUAUCUCAGUUUUGGACUGAUUCAUGUGAUCUAAUUUUGGCAUUCGAUCCUCAAAAGGGAAAAAGGUAGGAAAAAGACUAUCGCCAACUAUGGUUGCAUUUUCAGCAACUUAAGGGCGACGUUGCUAGAGAUCCAAACAGUGUCUUUUGGUUCUUGGAUGCGGGGCAGUUGAGAGCUGUUUCAGAUAGAUGCGACCGGUACGUGUGGACGCGCUAACGAGAAAAUUUUUGAUUGUGAAUUCUAUAUAUAAUUGGGACUCAAACGUUAUCACAUGCGUGAAGAAAGUGGAUAUAACUUCUCGUCGAACUUCGAACGUAACUAUUUGUCCUCGUUAUCUCAAAACAAGGAAGCACAUCCCCCAAUUUAGGAGCUUGGAUGUAAGUACAACUGGUAAAAUCCUGACGGCCUAUUCUUUCCAUUUAUCAGGCUAGUUAAAGUAUAGCCUCAGGACAAUCUUCUCGGAAUGGCUAGUUAAAGUAUAGCCUCAGGACAAUCCUACAAUCCUCUCGGAAUUCUCCAAUUUCUGUAGUAAAGCGCUUGUUAUCUCGGCCUGUCGUCGAAACUCCCAACUCCCAACUCCCAACGCUCGUGCUCUUCUUGCAACCCCCGUCUCUGUCGCUGUCUCUCUGUAUCUGUCUCGCUCGCUCGAGAAGACCAUCAUAACCAUCAUCGCAACAUGGCAAAGCGACUCUGCUCCGAGCUAUUCGUCAGCAGAUUGUCAUUCUACACCACGGAGGAAGGACUGAGAAGACUGUUUUCACCAUUCGGUUCAAUUAAGGAAGUCAGGUUGGUUAAAGACCCAAGUACUCAAAGGCCCAAAGGUUUUGGCUUUGUUGCUUACGAGUCGGAGGUCGAAGCGGAUAGAGCAUUGAAGGCCUUGAACGGAAGGAUUGUUGAUGGAAGGCUGAUCUUUGUGGAAUUUGCACAAACUAGAGGGCCUAAAAAGGCUGCUGAUUCUCGAGAAGAUGCAUCAGAUAAUAUCGGUUGAAGAGGAAUAGGAAAAUGGAAUUGCGGAUCCUUUUUGCAUACUUCUCCAGCAGAGUUUCCUUAAGUGCUAAUAAGAGCCAAGUAAUCAGGAUCUGAUGCUGAUGGUUACAUAUGAAAGGAUUAGGAUCUGAUGCUGAUGGUUACUUCCACCUUCAACGGGACUUAUUCACUGCAGUCAGGUUCUCCGGUUUCCAAGGCAAAACUUGAUUGCGAUGUGUAUUAUUUCUUUGAGAAUGAUUUCGCUUUCCUCCUUUCAACAGAAUGAAACUUCUCAUUACUCAAGAAACAAGAAUAUGCCAAAGCAAUGUUGACGCACCAACGAAAACAAUCAAUGAAUUUUCCCAUGA